UCCUUUCUCCCUCUUCUCCUUUCCCUUUUCCCGAGGCCUUACCCAUCAUUUCAACACCAAAAUUCCCACACCCACCUUCCAUUUUCCUUAGUUCUUCCGCAUUUUCCAUCCCCCACCUGCCCACUCCCUUGAAAUCAACGCAUUUCAUCUCUUUUCUCUUCCUAUGAUUCUAAAUUUGUGGUUUUGGAUCACAGUACGAUGUGGUUAAAGCGCUGAUAAAAUUACCAGUAUGGUUGGUGGGGAAGAAAAUGACUUGAAUGAGCCAAGUUUGUCAAAUGACCAAGAAACUCCACGGCAAGAUGUUAUAGCUGUUUCUUCCUCUUCAUCCUCUUUGUCAUCUUCAUCUGAGAACGAGUUACACGAGACUAGGAAUGAGAAUGUCCAAUCUCAACCUAAUGAAAAUUCCUCUCGUGAACUGGUUAUAUACAAUCCGUCUGCUAAGGACGGACGUGCAAAUGAUCCUGUAGCCACACCUGUUAAGCAGCAGCCUUCACCACUUCUUGGACACUUGACUCCCAAUUCUACCAGAGUCUUACCAUCGGUAGGGGCCUUUACUGUCCAAUGUGCAGGCUGUUUUAAAUGGAGGCUCAUUCCAACGAAGGAAAAAUAUGAGGAAAUACGAGAACAUCUGUUAGAGCAACCUUUUUACUGUGAAACUGCUCGUGAGUGGCGGCCUGAUAUCACUUGUGAUGAUCCUGCUGACAUUACUCAAGAUGGUAGUAGGCUUUGGGCAAUUGACAAGCCGAAUAUAGCACAGCCCCCUCCUGGCUGGCAAAGGCUAUUACACAUCAGAGGUGAAGGAAGCACCAAGUUUGCUGAUGUGUAUUACACUGCUCCAUCAGGCAAAAAGCUUCGUUCCAUGGUGGAUAUCCAGAAGUACCUGAUUGAACAUCCAGAGUACCAAACGGAAGGUGUAUCCAUGACACGGUUUUCAUUUCAAAUCCCAAAGCCUCUGCGGGAAGAUUAUGUGAGAAAGCGGCGACCCAAUAUUAAUGCUUCAUGUGAUGCUUCUAAGCUUGAAUCUGGUGAAGUGCGACCAAUAUCAUGGGCUCGUCCAGACGGCUCUACUGCACUGCAGCUUGGAAAGCCCGGGCUCCCAGAACUGCUUUCAACUUCACCGGUGGACCAUCCCGUUACUCAACCGGCAAAGAAGGUGAAAAGAGCUCUAGGACAGGAGAUGCGUAGAAGUUCUCUUGCAUCGACUGAACCUCCUGCCAUUAAGUUAGAAGGUUGCUUUGAUCAAUAUGAAAAAUAAUAUUGGUGAGAACUGGUUGAUCUUGGAAUUGUAUUUUGUUCCUUGUUUUGUUGCUUUACAUGGUUGCAUCAAAGUGGAAAAGGAGAUUAUAACUCAAAACGAUGACAAAAAGGAGGAAUUUUGGAAGGGAAACUGUGAAAAAGCAUGUAUAUUAUCUUAACCUUAUAGGGAAAUUUUUGGUCCUUGCUUGUUUGUUUUAGUUAAACAACAUGUGAGGUAAAGGAUUCAAAUCUUUUGACAUCUUGGUCAUGGGUAUAUAGCCUUAAAUCAAUCGAGUUACUACAUUCUGUUUUGGAUAGAGAUUACAUGAAGAGGAGAACGAGAGGGAAGAACAUGGGUCUCAAGCGUGUAACUAAUGAUUAAACCUAAAAAAUCUUGUAUUAUAUGAAUUUAAAAGUUAUUUUCAAGUA